AUGAGUUCCCAACAGCUCCCAAAAGAACUUGACGUAGUGGAACAGGUGAAAAUCUAUCAAUGGAUUGACCAACUUUUAAUUCCUGCGAAGAGAGAAGAGGCUAUGUUGGAACUCUGUCGUAGACGUGAUUUGGUGCCGGAAAUGGCGAUCUGGGUGUGGAAUGCGUUUGGGACAAUAGCUGCAUUGGUAGAUGAGAUCAUGAAAAUUUAUCCAGCUGUCAACAUGGCUUAUCUAUCUAGUGGACAGUCAAACCGAGUGUGCUGUGCCCUUGCCUUGCUGCAAUGUGUGGCGUGUCAUCCGGACACUCGUGAUGCCUUCUUUAAAUCACGGAUUUCUCUGUUCCUUUAUCCUUUCCUCAAAACAGAAACAAUGUCUGGGCCAUUUGAAAAUCUACGCUUGACAAGCCUGGGGGUCAUUGGCGCUAUGGCCAAGACUGGUAAAGAAGAAGUGAUCCAUUUCCUGUUAGCCACAGAAAUAACUCCCCUUUGUCUCCGCAUCAUGGAGUCAGGAUCUGAAUUGCCCAAGACUCUCGCAACCUAUAUUCUUACGAUGAUACUCCUCGAUGACACUGGGCUCAAUUUCAUCUGUGGCAAAUACGAACGCUUUUCUGAGGUUGUUCUUGCUUUGAAACAAUUGGUGCACUAUCUGGCCCAGAACCCAUCUCCUCGUCUAUUGAAAUAUGUUGUUCGUUGUUACCUGCGACUCUCAGAAACUGCUCGAGGUAGAGAGGCUCUACGACUCUGUGCGCCAAAAGAGCUACGGGACGAAACUUUCACGUCGUUACCGCAUGUGGACAUGCAAGUUAAACAUUGGCUGUUCAAUUUCAACAGAAACCUGGCCACAAACCAGGUAAUUGGGUCUUCCGGGAUUGUACCACUGUAG